AUGGGGAUCUGGGCAGUGGCGGUGUUGUUGCUGUUCUCUCUUUGGUUCGCCUUGUACAGAUAUCCGAUCUACGAGAUUGUCUAUCCCAGACUCCGGACCUGGAUACUCGUUCAGAAUUCUCACGCCUAUUCGCCACUCCCCCAGCACGCACAUUCCAUCCGUGUUGUUCGUCUCAAACCGGGUACAGGUCAUGAUAACAUAGAAUGCGAUCUGAUUCCUGGCCUGGUUUCCGGAUCGAAGUUUGAGGCUCUGAGCUAUGUAUGGGGAACUACCCUCAUCCCUCACAAAGUUCAGGUAGAUGGGAAACCAUUUUACGUCACAUACAACUUAUAUAAUGCGCUCAGGGCAUUGCGUUACCCUGGCCGUGAGCGACUCAUCUGGAUCGAUGCCAUAUGCAUCAACCAGUACGAUAAUCCCGAGAAGAGUUCGCAGGUUCAAAUGAUGCGAGAUAUCUAUGCGGAAGCCUCCAAGGUUGUCGUAUGGUUGGGCGAACAAACUUCGGCCACUGCUGCUGCGUUCAGUUUUGUACGACAGUUUGAUGCUGCAGAGCCAGAGACAAGAGAUGUGAUGUGGAAGGAUCGAGCUACGCUUCCUCGCUGGAAUCGAAUUCGAAGAGAAUUUAGUCAUAUACUGGAGUACGAAUGGUGGGGUCGGGCAUGGAUCAUACAAGAAAUUGUUAUGGCGAAGGACGUUGUUAUGCAGAGAGGCGCUCACCAAGUGAAAUGGGAAACCUUACACAAGCUACUCACCUACACACCCUUUCGACACGACGAAUUCGGUCAUCUGGUCGCUACAGGUUUUGCAGAACAGAUCGAAGAUGUCCGCUCAGGCAAUCAUGUUAAUGACCUCUCUAUCAACGAUACGCUCCUCGGAAUGGCCUAUCGCUUCCGUUUCCAAUCUGCAACUUUCGGUUCUGACAAGAUCUACGCCCUACUUGGCCUACUCAAGUCAGACAAUCCUACGCUCCUCACUCCAGACUAUAGUCUGCCGCCUGAGGACGUCUUCCUCCAGUUUACUAUAUCUUCUCUUCAACACAACAAGGAUCUGACAGUCAUUGUAGAUGCCGCUGGGGUUGAGCUGCCAGGAGUGAGCUGGUGUCGAGAUUGGGGCUCCAACGACGACGGCUGGUUUGAUGUCGUCCAAUUUACAAAGUCCGGUCUCAACUAUUCUGCUUCAGACUCUCAUCCAGCCGUGUUCAAAGCCGAUAUACCGCGUCGCAUUCUUUCACUUCAAGGCUACGACAUUGACACCAUCAAACUAGUCGGAGACUUUCACCAAGAAACUACCCAAAGCAUAGAUUGGCAUUUCGCAUUACGAGGCUGGGAGCAUGUUGUAGGCGGACCCUGGGCCGCGGGCUCCGACACCAAGAAAGCUUUUGACCGCACCAUUGUUGCGGACCGUUGGUCGACGGAGCCCAUGGACUGGAAACAGAGGAUACGAGAGAGAAGAAAACCCCCCAAAAAUGAUAACGACAAAGAGUAUAUCAAGCACGUCAAUGAUAUGUGUAGGAACCGGCGAUUUUUCAUCACUGAGAAAGGCCGGUUCGGACUCGGACGGUGGAACGUGAAGAAAGGCGACGCGGUUUGCGUCCUUCUUGGUGGGGAGACGCCUUUUAUUUUGAGACGUUGCGAAGAGAAGCUGUUAGACGAGAAGCUCGCAGACGAGGAAAGAAACGGCGAGGACAACGCGAGAGAAGAGCAUUACAAGGUCAUUGGGGAAGCCUACGUAGAUGGACUGAUGUGCUAUCAAGGGAGUAUGAAGGACGACAUCAACAGUAAGAAAGUGGUGCUGAGAUGGUACCACUUGCGGUGA